CACAAAAAAAGCACUCGCGCAGUCUGGGCUGGGUCUGCUUGCUGCUUACAAGGAGAGGCACUCUGGCAUUCAUGGUGGUGCAGUGAUAACCUGAGCACUUUAUUUUCCUUUUCAUCCCUUUUCCUUUUGCUUUGCACACCAGGAAGGCUCAUGUCUUUCUUAUAGACAUGAUGAGCUUUGUGCAUUUAAGGACUUUCCUUUUUCUGGUGGUCUCCGUGGCUCAGGUUUUGAUUGUUACAUGUCAAGAUGGGAACAGCGGAGAUGACAUGAGCUGCACGGCAGACGGCCAGGUGUACACCAACAGGGACAUCUGGAAGCCAGAGCCGUGCCGGAUCUGUGUUUGUGACAACGGCCAGGUCCUCUGCGAUGAGAUCCAGUGCGAUGAGCUGACUAACUGUGAGAAGAUGUCCAUCCCAGAGGGCGAGUGCUGCCCUAUUUGUCAGAGUGAUUCAUCCAGCAGCGGCGGGACGGGCAGUUUUGGUGGGGGCAGAAUUUAUAAGGGUCAGAAAGGCGAACCUGGGGAUGUUCCACUUGUGACGGGAAUCAGAGGCCGCCCUGGACCUAUGGGAGCUCCCGGCUCGCCAGGAGAGAGAGGACCUCGUGGACACAAAGGAAGGCCUGGACUGCGUGGACCUGCGGGUUAUGAUGGAGAGCCUGGUAUACCAGGUCAGCCUGGUGAAGCAGGACCUCCUGGACCUCCAGCGCACCCUGGGGGCCUGGGAUCCCAGAUGGCCUCAGGGUUUGAUGGAAAAACAGGACCUCAGGCCAUGUUAAGUGGCUCACGGGGAGAGGCUGGAACCAGAGGACCUCCAGGGCCCAGCGGCACACCUGGUCAGUCUGGCCCACAAGGACCCCCUGGAGAUGUUGGUGAUCCAGGGCAUAUGGGUUCACCUGGACAAAGGGGACCUGAGGGCCCUGCAGGGAAAGCAGGUGAAGAUGGAGAAUCAGGCAAACCAGGAAAUACUGGAGAAGUUGGAUUCCCUGGAUCAACAGGGCCUCGAGGUUUUCCUGGAACACCUGGGCCUCCUGGCCUGAAGGGCCACAGGGGUCAUGCUGGAAUAAUUGGCCAGAAAGGUGAAACUGGAGCUGUUGGAUCCAAGGGUGCCACAGGGCCCUCUGGUCCCAUGGGAGGACCUGGACCCAUGGGUCCUGCUGGGAUGCCAGGAGAGAGAGGACGCUCUGGACCCGGUGGUAUAGCAGGUAAACGUGGUUCACCUGGUAAUGUCGGGAAACCUGGUCCAAUGGGUCCCCUGGGUCUCAACGGCCCACCUGGAUAUCCAGGAACCCCGGGAAUGAAGGGACAACCUGGACCCACAGGUGUCCGGGGUCCAGAGGGUGCACAGGGACAGAGAGGAGAGACCGGUCACCUGGGCAGACCUGGACCUGUUGGCAUCAGGGGAACCAUGGGUACAGAUGGAGGCCCAGGUACCAAAGGACCAGUGGGUAAUCUCGGCCCACAAGGUCCAGGUGGCCAUUCUGGACCCCCUGGCCCUCCAGGACCUCAGGGAAGCACCGGUCAGCCUGGUAUCAAAGGACAACUGGGAGAUGUUGGUGUCGUAGGAUUCAAAGGAGAAGCUGGACCCAAAGGAGAACCUGGUCCGCCAGGCUCCCAGGGAGUGAUAGGACCUCAGGGUGAGGAAGGAAAGCGAGGACAGCGUGGAGACCCAGGCUCCGUUGGUCCUCCUGGUCCCGUCGGUGAGAGAGGAUCUCCUGGAAACAGAGGGUUCCCUGGUGCUGAUGGGCUGCCAGGACCAAAGGGUGCUCAAGGAGAUCGUGGCACAUCUGGCCCAUCAGGGCCAAAAGGUUCCCUAGGAGACCCAGGGCGUACAGGAGAACCUGGUCUACCAGGUGCAAGGGGUCUUACUGGUACCCCUGGAGUCCAGGGGGCAGAGGGCAAGCCAGGACCACUGGGGGCUCCAGGUGAAGAUGGUCGUCCAGGCCCUGCGGGAUCCAUUGGAAACAGAGGACCAGCAGGAACCAUGGGAGUACCAGGCCCGAAAGGCUUCAAUGGUGACCCAGGAAAGACAGGUGAACAGGGAUCUGCAGGAGUGCCAGGUCAAAGAGGUCCUCCAGGAAAAGAUGGAGAGGUUGGCCCUGCAGGCCCCCCUGGUCCACCUGGUGCUGCAGGAGACAGAGGAGAGCAGGGACCUCCAGGUGUAAAUGGAUUCCAGGGUUUGCCCGGAAAUCAAGGCCCCCCUGGAGAACCUGGAAAACCAGGUGACCUGGGUAUUCCCGGAGAGCUUGGCUCUGUGGGUCAAAUUGGACCAAGGGGAGAGCGUGGAAUUCCUGGUGAGAGAGGAGAGCUGGGUCCAACUGGUCUGCAGGGACCUAAAGGAAUUCCUGGUGCACCUGGUCCAGAUGGGCCAAAGGGUAGUCCUGGUCCUCCUGGUGCUCUGGGUGACGUGGGUCCUCCAGGUCUUCAGGGAAUGCCAGGAGAGAGAGGCAUAUCUGGGCCUCCUGGGCCUAAAGGUGACAGAGGAGCACUUGGUGAGAAAGGAUCAGAAGGUACACCUGGAAAUGAUGGUGCAAGAGGAACUCCGGGUCCUGUUGGCCCACUAGGACCUGCUGGACCCAGCGGUGAGAAGGGAGAACCUGGACCUAAAGGACCAUCUGGACCUCCAGGAUCCAGAGGAAUGCAUGGAGCGAGAGGUGACCCUGGCCCCAUUGGUGCUGUUGGAUUUGCUGGACCCCCCGGUCCUGAUGGCCAACCUGGAGUCAAGGGAGAGCCUGGAGAGCAAGGGCAGAAAGGAGAUGCAGGGUCUCCAGGACCACAGGGCUUGGCCGGUGCUCACGGACCUCCUGGGCCUAUUGGUGUUGCUGGACUGAAAGGAGGAAGAGGAACGCAGGGUGCACCAGGCCCCACUGGUUUCCCUGGAUCAGCAGGAAGAGUUGGACCUCCAGGCCCAACUGGUCCAGUUGGAGAACCUGGACCCCUGGGACCCCCAGGAAAAGAAGGACCUGCAGGACUUCGUGGAGAUCAUGGAGCCCCUGGAAGACAAGGUGAGCGUGGACCUGCAGGACCACCAGGGAGCCCAGGAGACAAAGGGGACUCUGGAGAGGACGGACCCACGGGUCCUGAUGGUCCUCCAGGCCCAGCUGGAACUACAGGGCAGAGAGGCAUUGUGGGUCUUCCUGGUCAGAGAGGAGAGCGUGGGAUGCCAGGUCUCCCAGGACCAGCGGGUCCACCAGGAAAACAGGGAUCCACAGGACCAGCUGGAGAUAAAGGCCCCCCUGGUCCAGUGGGUGUACCUGGUGCUAACGGACCUCGUGGUGAUCCUGGUCCUGAUGGUCCAGCAGGAUCUGAUGGCCCCCCAGGAAAGGAUGGUGUUCUUGGACAAAGGGGAGACCGAGGAGAUUCUGGUCCCGAAGGCCUGGUCGGUCCUCAGGGACUUCCUGGACCUCCUGGUCCAGUUGGUGCACCAGGUGAUGCUGGAAGGAGAGGAGAGUCUGGCUCAAGAGGACCUGCAGGUCCACCUGGUUCAGCUGGAAAGAGAGGAUUAGUGGGACCCCAAGGACCAAGAGGAGAUAAAGGUGACCUGGGUGAUCAUGGAGAGAGAGGACAGAAGGGACACCGAGGCUUCACUGGUUUACAGGGUCUUCCUGGACCUCCAGGUACGACUGGUGAGCAGGGAGCUCCAGGAAUUGUUGGACCAAGCGGCCCGAGGGGGCCUCCUGGACCUAUUGGACCUCAUGGAAAGGAAGGAUACAUGGGACAGCCGGGACCGAUGGGACCUCCAGGAACUCGUGGACUCAGUGGAGAAAUUGGACCAGAGGGCCCUCCAGGAGAACCUGGGCCCCCAGGUCCUCCCGGUCCUCCAGGACCUCCCAUGGCGGCUAUGGAUGACCUGUUCGGUGGCCCUCAGGAUUAUGACUCCGGACCUCCUCCUCCUCCUGAGUUCAGCGAGGACGAGGCUCUGCCCAACAGCAACUCCUCCACCAUAGUGCCCAUCGACCCCGGCGUUCAGGCCACCCUGAAGGCCCUCAGCAGCCAGAUCGACAGCAUGAAGAGCCCAGAUGGCAGCAGGAAGCAUCCUGCCAGGACCUGCGACGACCUCAAGAGAUGCUACCCCAUGAAGAAGAGCGGCGAGUACUGGGUGGAUCCAAACCAGGGCAGCGCAGAGGAUGCCAUCAAAGUGCACUGCAACAUGGACACCGGGGAGACCUGCAUCUCCGCCAACCCAUCCAGCAUACCUCGUAAAGUGUGGUGGAGCUCUUCCAGGAACAAACCCGUGUGGUUUGGAGCUGACAUCAACGGUGGAACACACUUCACUUACGGCAACAAAGACCAGCCGGCAAACUCUGUCACAGUGCAGAUGACCUUCAUCCGCCUGCUCUCCAAAGAGGCGUCUCAGAGCAUCACCUACCACUGCAAGAACUCUGUGGGCUACAAGGACGAGAACACGGGCAACUACAAGAAAGCUGUGAUCCUCAAAGGUUCCAACGACCUGGAGCUCAAAGCAGAGGGCAACAACCGCUUCAGAUACACGGUGGUGGAGGAUUCGUGCUCACAAGCAAAUGGCAACUGGGGCAAGACAGUGUUUGAGUACAGGACACAGAAAACAGCAAGACUUCCCAUUGUGGAUAUCGCCCCUGUGGACAUUGGUGGCUCAGAUCAAGGGUUCGGCGUUGAAAUCGGGCCCGUGUGCUUCUUGUAAAGUCGUCAGCAGGGAUGUGCGGAGGAGAAUCCUGAGACUGUUGAACUGACAGCUGACGCGAUCAGCCACGUUGUACAUACGAGUACUGAGGACUAUUCGGGCCCUAUGGCAAGAUAUUUAUUGUGCCUUUCAACGCAGUUUAAGACACCGAAGAUUUGUAAGUUAGUAUGAAUGUUUGGAAUUUACAUAUAAAAAAAAAAAAACAUUUGGUAAAAAUCAGAAUCAUUCCUUUGUCGUCUUGUGUAUGUUUCACUUUAAGCUUCAUGCAUUUUGAGCUCCAAAGAUCUUUUCCUUUAAUGUUAUUUCACAAAAUGUUACCAAAGAAUAUAAAAGCUUUAAAAUAUUACUUAUAACUACUGUUCAUAAGCCCAGAACAAUUCCACUGAUUAAAUGUCCCGCCACUAGUCAUUUUUACAGAUUUGUCUAUUCUUUUUAAUUUAUUUUUUUUUUUUUUAAAUCUUAAAUAUUUGAAUAUAAAACAUCAAUGUGGUGCUAUUGAGGAAUCGGCCGCUGAUGCGUUCACCGGUGCAGGUAUUUCUUUUCUCAAGACAGUGUUGAUGAACCGAUGUCUGUAUGUGGUCAUUUCUAAACUCUGUACCGACCUCGCAGAACAGCAGAGACGCGCUGGGACCGUCGAUUGCUCAGUGUUAGCUACCUCGUCACCGACAAAAACUGAGAAAGCGACGACGCUACAUGCAAAUCUUCUUUUUCACAGGUGCUGUUUUGUACGUAGUGUGAUCCCUGUGCGCUUGUCACGGCUGCGUGGUACAGGGCAGGGUUUGGGGAUGCCAAUAAAGAUCUUUCUGUCCACGAUGGAGAGAUGAA